AUGUUCGUGCUGCCCCCUCCCCCGCGCUUCCCCAGCAGCCAGUAUGGCCUGGGGAUGCCAGGACAGCCAGUCAUCGAGACGAACAACGUGCUCAGUCACCCUACGGGGCCUGAACAUCAACUUGUGGUUGGCGAAGGUACCUACGUCUUGAAAGACAGCCUUCACCUGGCGACCCCUCCUCCGCAUCCCUCCGAAGCGCCCGUCCAUAACCCCAACCCGCUGGCGACCACGCCCUCGCCCCCUUCCGCAGGGACCAAGCUUUGCCUAACAAUACUUUCCCCGCGGCCGAGCCAAUUUCCCCGGUUGCAACGCUCCGACACCACCGCCAGCGCCCUGUCUGGAAUGCCCCCAAGCAUCGCAGAGAACCCCCAAGAAUCGCACAGUGCUGGCAGUGACUUCAGCUCGCCAUAUACUAGAAGCAAUGGUUUCGGCUCGGUCCCUUCCUUUGGGGAGGGAAACCCAUCUCUCCUCAUUCCAAACGGCAAGGAAUCCAAGGAUCCGUUGAAGCGGCGGAAACCGAAGAACAAUAUAAUUAAAAGCAAUUCGUCAUUUGUAUCAAGAGUUAUUCCACACGAGGCUCUGCAAAAGCGCUUACAGGAGAGGGCUGCAGACGGGUUAAUGGCAUUCGCGAAUGUGAACAGAGCGCUCCAGUGGCUGGAUCUUUCUGCUACUACCAAGGAUGAGCAUUUGACCAAGAUCCUGUUCACGAAAGCACAUGCAUUGUGUCAUGACGUAAAUAAGGUCACCAAACUCAGCAACCAUAUCGAUAUCGUCCUGGGCUUCUCGACGGGCGACAUAAUAUGGUACGAGCCAAUGUCGCAGAAAUACGCCCGCAUCAACAAGAACGGAGUUAUAAAUGGAAGCGCGGUUUCGGAGAUCCGCUGGCUGCCAAAUUCUGAUAAUCUGUUUCUUGCGGCCCACAUGGAUGGGACGUUGGUGGUAUACGACAAGGAGAAGGAGGAUGCUCCAUUCGUUUCCGAGGAGACGAACCUGCCAAAUGAUAAGCCGGCGAGCGACAAGGAUGAGAGCACGUCACUGCAUAUCAAGAAGUCGGUCCAAUCAAGGAACCAGAAAAGCAACCCGGUCGCGGUCUGGAAGGUCUCGAGCACCAAGAUCAACGCGUUUGCAUUUUCGCCAGACAACAGGCAUCUGGCGAUCGUGUCGGAGGACGGCUCGCUACGCAUCAUCGAUUAUUUGAAGGAGCAGCUCCUCGACGUUUUCAGCAGCUACUACGGGGGGCUGAUCUGCGUAUGCUGGUCGCCGGACGGGAGAUAUGUGGUGACUGGCGGGCAGGAUGACCUCGUGUCCAUCUGGUCGCUGGAAGACAGCAUGCUCGUCGCACGGUGCCAAGGUCACAACUCGUGGGUCUCGGGUGUAGCCUUCGACCCGUGGCGGUGCGACGAUCGCAACUACCGAUUUGGCAGCGUGGGCGAGGACUGCAGGCUUCUGCUGUGGGACUUCAGCGUUGGGAUGCUGCACAGGCCGCGAGCGGCAUCGGUCCGCGCAAGAGGCAGCAUCUCGUCGCAUCUCCCGCAGCCGCGAACCCGGGCGGACAGCUCGACGACUCGGCUGCGAUCGGACUCGAAUCUCACGACGGGCAGCGCAGACGGCGGCGAGCAGGUUGUGCACCCUGUCGAGCCUCGGGCCCGAACGGCCAUGUUACCGCCGGUGAUGGUGAGCAGGGCAUUCGCGCCGGGCCUAGCGAACGGGCCGGCAGCAUCCAUCAGAACAGCCGGGGCUAACGCGACCGGUGUGAGCAGGCAAAAUCUGUUGACGAGCACCCACUUUGCUGGCUUGGGUUCGAGGAAGAUUGCAUUCUGA